AUACCAUUGACCUCCUUUCGUGACUUUUCCGUGGCGGGAUCACCUCUACUGCCGUAGCUGUACGUAGUCCAGGGAACAGCUGCCUCGUAGUCCGAAUUCAUGUACAAUAUUGAGGAAGCCAGAAAGAGGAAACUCCACUCAGUCAUGGACAGUGUUUGUCAGAGAGAUGGCCGCCUCAUGGACAUUGUGGAUCAGAGGUGGCGUGAGGAAAACAAGCUGCCCUACGAAGACAUAGCAGUACCAGAAAUGGAGCUCCCCGACCCUGAACCAGAUAAUGGACACAGUAAUGAGACUCUCCAGGAACUAGAGCAGAAAUGGACUGACCUUGGUCUUAGCAGUUUACAUGAACAGCAGAAUACAGGAGGGCAGAGCUGAGACCAACAGAACUCA